AUGACCGAUCCUAAAACACAACGAUUUGAAGUCCCCCAUAAGCACGUGGGACCUUUCAGCGGUCCGGCAGCCUCCAACUUAAAAUAUAAAGUUGAUGUCCAGCAAAAUCCCUUUGGCAUCGUGGUGACAAGAGCAAGCAAUGGAAAAGUCUUGUUCAAUACCACCAUCGGCCCUCUGCUAUAUGCCGAGCAGUUUUUACAGCUCUCCAUCAAACUCCCCAGCAGCAACGUCUACGGGGUGGGUGAGCACGUGCAUAAGCAAUACCAACACGACUUCAGCUGGAAAACCUGGCCCAUAUUCAGCAGGGACGCAGCCCCUUCCGGAAACAUGGAUAACUUAUAUGGCGUUCAGACUUUCUUCUUGUGUUUGGAAGACAACACUGGAGCCUCUCUUGGUGUUUUCUUGAUGAAUAGCAAUGCCAUGGAGUUCGCCCUGCAGCCAGCGCCGGCUGUCACUUACAGGACCAUCGGGGGAAUUCUUGAUUUUUACGUCUUCUUGGGAGACACCCCCGAGCAAGUGGUGCAGGAGUAUGUGAAGAUUGCUAAAUCCAUCCGUACACGUGCGCCAAAAGUUUCCCAGCGUGGCCGUCUGCUACUGGAGCCUGCAAUG